AUGGCAGGGACUAAGGGACAAUCGGCCAAAGACAUCCCAAACCUCAAACGCUACCUCAAGAAAUUUGGUUACCUUAAUAACUACGACGAGGCAACUCUAAACAACGAUCAGGACGACUACUUCGACGAUACUUUGGAGUCGGCAGUCAAAUUGUAUCAGAAAAACUACAAUUUGAGUGUCACAGGGAAGCUUGUUUCCGCUACCAUUAAGCAAAUGUCACUUCCACGUUGUGGAGUUCCUGAUAAUGUCCAGUACGUAAUUCCAGGAGCCCAAUGGCCUCCUAACAAAUACCAUUUAACAUACGCCUUCAACUCCAGCAAGCAACCAGCUCUUCCACCAGAAGAUGUGAGGACUACUGUGGCUUUCGCAUUCACACUAUGGACAAGAAAUUCUGUAUUUUCGUUUCAGGAAGUGGAUCUGGGUCAGCCCCAUGAUCUUGUGUUGGGUUUCCGUCAGGGUUAUCACGGUGAUAAUGGGCCUUUUGAUGGGCCUUAUGGAGUUUUGGCCCAUCUUCUUGGAAUGGGUCAUAGUUUGGAUCCCUUGGCGGUUAUGCUUGCCAGUAUUACACCUGGCAUAAGAAGGAAAGAUUUGAAUGCUGAUGAUGUUGCAGGCAUACAUGCUUUGUAUGCUACUCCAUGA